GCAAGAUGAGCGGGCUCCUACUCGCGUCGCUCGUCCUCCUGCAGCCCUACUCCGCGCCAGGGUUGUCUGGAGAGCCCCUUCACAGCGACCACACUUGGUGCCACGGGUCCGGGGCUUGCUACAGCGUCCACCUCGCCAGCCGGAACUUCAGCGGGGCUAAGGAGGCCUGCUCCAUGUAUGGGGGAGCACUGAGCACGGCAAGCGGAGAGGCCGAAAUCCAGGCCAUCUUCGCGCUCCUGAGACGGGCAGUCAGCGGGCCUGGCCCGUCUGUGUUUUGGCUGGGACUGAUGCGAAAGCCUCCGCAAUGCACUUAUCCAGAGUUGCCGCUCCGGGGUUUCUCCUGGGCACCUCCCGCGGGGCUUCAGGAGACAGGGACGAACGAAAGCAUGGCGACCCCGUCCUGGGUGAAGGAACCGAGCAUGUCGUGCACCACGGAGAAAUGCGCCGGCCUGCAGGUGAUGACGAAGGAGCAUCGUUUGCAGCCUUGGGGCCUGAAGGAGCGCUCCUGCACCAAGGCGAGCCCGGGCUAUAUCUGCAAAUACCGCUACGAGGGCACGUGUCCCGCGCUGCAUCUGCCGGGUGCUCAGAGCCUGCGUUACACGCUCCCUUCCCGCCUGCAAAGCGCCGACCUGGCUUUCAGCCCGCCGGGCACUGUGCUCAGCCUGAGAUGCCCCACGGGAGAAGCGCGGCUAACUUGCCAGGUCUUGCCCGACGGCUACCGCUGGGAAGGUGCGGAACGCGGGCUCUGCUCCUGUCUCAGCGGCUACUGGAGCCCGAGCAAGCAACAAUGCGUAGAAGCAGCCGCCUGCCUCGGUGCCCAAGGCGCCUUCCUCUGUGUCUGCACCUGGGGCUUCCACUUGGCGGCGGACAAGAGCUCCUGCGUGCCAGCUGAGAAGGAAGUAGCUGCAGGGACCCAUGGCCUCGUCAUUCCCACGGCGGGCGGAACGUUGCCUUACAACAACGCCAGCCUGUGGAAUCAGAACACCUCGUUGGCGCCCUUUCCUUCUGCUGAGGCCAACAGCAGCGCCCCUGUACUUCACGCGCCUUCGGCUUACCCAGAGUCCUCCAACUAUGUCUUCAUCCUGAUCACGUUGGCCGUGGUGCUGCUAGUGAUCUUGGUCAUGGCCUCGCUGCAGGUCUUCAAGGUCUGCUCCUCCAAGGGAGCACAGGCUGGCAAGGAGCUGGCUCCAGCUGCAGCACCAGAAGGGGAUCCCGAAGCCUCCGCCACUCGCACCAGCUCCGAACAUUCCCUGGAGCCAAGCAAGGCAGAGUCCACGGAGGCUUCUCAGGGGCAUCUGGAACCAAUGGCUGGAAAGGUGGAAUUGGAGCAGCCUUAAGGGGACUGAGGUUGUUUUUUAUGGAUAGCUGCCUAGCCUGCAUCUCAAGAUAAGUGCAUCUCUUUAAAAUCUAGGGAUUACCGAAGCGGAGCCAGAAGAUUUAAUUUUGUUUCUGCUUUUGGGCAGCUAUGUAACGGAGAGCCCUUUCAUUCACACGUACAUUUGAACCAAGGGAAGGCCCCCCCCCCUUUUUUUUUUUGCAUAAUCUCGGAUUCUGUGUGUGCAUAAUGACAAAUGGAACAAAUCUCACUAGUAUUCAGAAUUUGACUGGCUUGCUAAUUUUUUUAAACAAACUCUUGUAAAAAUCUCAAAGUCGUUAGCAUCCAUUUUCCACAUGGGUUGUUGGAUGGCCCUUCUGUUAUAGGAAUGACCUUUAUUUCAGGGCAUCAAAGAAUAUAAUAGAACAAGGCCAUAAAUGAAGAGACGUUUUAGUCUUGUAGUGUUCAAAUGUUUUGAGAUUUUCAUCUGACAUUUUUCAUUAAUUAAAGGAGAAAUGGUGGCACUGAA